AUGGACGUGGACGUGGACGUGGACGUGGACGUGGACGUGGACGUGGACGUGGACGUGGACGUGGACGUGGACAUGGACGUGGACGUGGACGUGGACGUGGACGUGGACGUGGACGUGGACGUGGACGUGGACAUGGACGUGGACGUGGACGUGGACGUGGACGUGGACAUGGACGUGGACGUGGACGUGGACAUGGACGUGGACGUGGACGUGGACGUGGACGUGGACGUGGACGUGGACGUGGACGUGGACGUGGACGUGGACGUGGACGUGGACGUGGACGUGGACGUGGACGUGGACGUGGACGUGGACGUGGACGUGGACGUGGACGUGGACAUGGACGUGGACGUGGACGUGGACGUGGACGUGGACGUGGACGUGGACGUGGACGUGGACGUGGACGUGGACGUGGACGUGGACAUGGACGUGGACGUGGACGUGGACGUGGACGUGGACGUGGACGUGGACGUGUGGACGUGGACGUGGAUUGGACGUGGACGUGGACGUGGACGUGGACGUGGACGUGGACGUGGACGUGGACGUGGACGUGGACGUGGACGUGGACGUGGACGUGGACGUGGACGUGGACGUGGACGUGGACGUGGACGUGGACGUGGACGUGGACGUGGACGUGACGUGGACGUGGACGUGGACGUGGACGUGGACGUGGACGUGGACGUGGACGUGGACGUGGACGUGGACGUGGACGUGGACGUGGACGUGGACGUGGACGUGGACGUGGACGUGGACGUGGACGUGGACGUGGACGUGGACGUGGACGUGGACGUGGACGUGGACGUGGACGUGGACGUGGACGUGGACGUGGACGUGGACGUGGACGUGGACGUGGACGUGGACGUGGACGUGGACGUGGACGUGGACGUGGACGUGGACGUGGACGUGGACGUGGACAUGGACGUGGACGUGGACGUGGACGUGGACGUGGACGUGGACUGGGUGGACGUGGACGUGGACGUGGACGUGGACGUGGACGUGGACGUGGACGUGGACGUGGACGUGGACUGGACGUGGACGUGGACAUGGACGUGGACGUGGACGUGGACAUGGACGUGGACGUGGACGUGGACGUGGACGUGGACGUGGACGUGGACGUGGACGUGGACAUGGACGUGGACGUGGACGUGGACGUGGACGUGGACGUGGACGUGGACGUGGACGUGGACGUGGACGUGGACGUGA